GCAUCUAUAACUAAAUCUACGGCCGUCCAGACUUUCUCACAUUCGUUCGUACAGGACCGGUUUAUAAGUCGCAGCAGAGAGCCCUUCAUUCCCAUAGUUUAUUUUGACAGACCCCUUCCACCGAAUACGUUCCUCGCAACUCCAUUGAACAGCAGCCAGCCAAUGGCGGACAUAAUAAAUCCAGGAUCGCAAGCAACACCACCAAAGACGCUUUUCAUCCACAAGGCCCAAGCAGCCGCAGGAGCAGCCGCAAGCUCUUCGUCAUCCUCUCCAGAGUCAAAAGAUGAUUCCUCGACGACAACGCCUCCCGCUGGCGUCGGCGUCGUGCUAGAUAAAGACGGAAAGCCAUGCCGUCUCUGCACCUCCGCUGCAUCCUGGCGCAACCUCACAAAACAGGCCAAAAUGCAAGGUCCCGCCGCUGCCGCCACACCUACUUCAAAAUCAGGCCCCCUCGAGGAAGCCAACGCUCAGCCCUCUGCGCGUCCGGAGUGCCCCCCCGACGUUGAGGAGCUUGGCCGCUCCACCUGGACCUUCCUGCACUCACUCACGGCGGCGUAUCCUACACAAGCAUCGACAGAACAACAGGCGGAAAUGCGGACGUUCCUGAAGCUCUUCUCGCGGUUAUAUCCGUGCUGGGUGUGUGCGGAUGACCUUCGCACUUGGAUGGCGGAGCCGAGUGGUAAGAAUGCGCCGCGCCUGGGUGGGAGAUCGGACUUUGGGACGUGGAUGUGUCAGGCGCAUAACGAGGUGAAUCGGAAGCUCGGGAAAAAGGAGUUUGAUUGUCGGUUUUGGGAGGAGAGGUGGAGGACUGGUUGGAAGGAUGGAAGGUGUGAUUAGGAAAUGACGAACUUUCUUUCUUCCCAUGGUUUUGCUCACUGGGGGAUUGGGGAGCUUGUGUAAUUUUAUGAUAUCGAUGGGAUAAGAUAGGGUAGUAUAGAUGGCUACUACAGCUUGUAUAUAUAUAUAUGAAUAGACUAGAACAUCUCCACACGGAAC